UCAUAGACGAAUUUGCUUAUUAAAUCCAUAUAGUUCAGUUCCCUACUUCCUAGUCAGCAUUUAGUAGUAAUCAUAGUUUUCAAGCUUGCUCGUGCAAUAUCAGUAGAAUCAAGAACGACGACGUUGUACACAUCGCCGCUUCCAGUAGCAAACAAGCGCUUCUACAAAUGUACAAUAACUGAUCGUCAUCAUUCGCUGUAUUAUUCUGCUCGCUCUGUUUUGUGAUAAGAUAAGCAGAAUUUUCUGUUCCACCAAGGCAAAGAACGCGCAAGUGUUGGGGCAAUGAGUCAAGCGUCGUUCAUACGUGUCGCUUGACCAUACAGCAUUUGCCGUUUGGAUCGUCCAGAUUGCUCACAAUUAUUGCUCCCCUCCUCGCGCCAGCAACAGAAACAGAAAUGUCCCUCACAAUUUUGGUUACCGGCGGGGCCGGAUUUGUUGGAUCGCACACAGUACUGGAACUGCUGAAUGCCGGUCACAAGGUUAUCUGUGUUGACAACUUGUGCAAUGCAUUUGGAGCGGCCAAUUCUAAACUGCCGGAAUCGUUGAAACGAGUGCAGCUACUUACCGGGAAAUCUGUUGUGUUCUACGAUGUGGAUAUCCGCAACAAGGACGGAUUGAGGGGGAUUUUUAAAAAGCAUAAAAUUGAUUGUGUGGCACAUUUUGCGGCACUGAAAGCGGUUGGGGAGUCAUGUCGGAUUCCGCUUCAAUACUAUCAGAACAACAUUACCGGUACGAGUGUUCUGCUAGAAGUUAUGGAGGAGCACAACGUGUUCAACUUUGUCUACAGCUCUAGUGCCACCGUGUACGGGGAACCGCAAAAGCUCCCACUGGACGAGAGCCAUCCAACGGGUAGCUGCACUAAUCCGUACGGUAAAAGUAAAUACUUUACGGAGGAAAUUCUGAAAGACCUAUGUCAGUCGGACGCGCGGUGGACGGUGAUAUCGCUGCGCUAUUUUAAUCCAGUGGGAGCGCACAAAUCCGGACAAAUCGGUGAAGAUCCGAAUGGGGAGCCUAACAAUCUGAUGCCAUACAUCUCUCAGGUGGCCGUUGGGCGGCGGUCGUGUUUGAAGGUGUUUGGCAAUAAUUACGAUACCCCGGACGGAACGGGCGUUCGAGAUUACAUCCAUAUUGUGGAUUUGGCCGAAGGGCAUUUAAGUGCCAUCAAAAAGUUGGCCAGCGGUGAGUUGAACGGGUUUGUUGUGUACAAUCUGGGUACGGGACGUGGGUACUCGGUACUGGAGGUGGUGGAUGCAUUUGCUAAGGCUUCGGGCAAGGAAAUUAAAUUCGAAAUUGUAGAUAGACGUCCCGGUGACGUAGCAACUAGCUACGCGGAUGUGACGUUGGCCGCGAAGAAACUGGGUUGGACAGCGAAACGAGGACUGAAGGAGAUGUGCGAGGAUACGUGGAAUUGGCAAAAGAAUAAUCCAAACGGGUUUGCGGGGGCUAAUUGAAAUUACGCGGGUUCCGAAACGGAGUAAGAUUUACAAACGAAUGCUUUUAGUCGGGAGGUAAUUUCCAGCAUUUUAAGAGAAUUUUUGUUAGUAAAUAUUGUAGAUAAUCAAAUGGAGUAUACCUAAGAGAAUGCUAUAGAACCAAAUAAAUUUCUGUUAUGCUAUCUACUA